AUGCUUUGGCACGUUUUGUUCACGCUGCAAGCCGUCUGCACCAGCGUGGCCCUUAGCAUGCAACAUUACCCGGCGGCCUGGGGACACUAUGACGUGUGCAAGUCCCAGAUCUACACGGAGGAGGGCCUGGCAUGGGACUACAUGGCCUGUCAGCCGGAAGCCACCGACAUGACAAAGUACCUGCGAGUGGCCCUCGACCCCCAAAACAUCACGUGUGGAGAUCCGCCAGAAACGUACUGCGCUUUGGAAAACCCUUACAUGUGCAACAAUGAAUGUGACGCUGCCACCGAGGAGCUGGCUCACCCUCCUGAGUUGAUGUUUGACUUUGAGGGUCGCAACCCCACCACCUUCUGGCAAUCCACCUCCUGGAAGAAAUACCCAAAGCCCCUGCAGGUCAACAUCACGCUGUCAUGGAACAAGACCGUUGAGCUGACGGAUGACAUCGUCCUGACCUUCGAGUCCGGCCGACCGGAGCAGAUGGUCCUGGAGAAGUCGCUGGACUACGGCCGGACCUGGACCCCGUACCAGUUCUACGCCACCGACUGCCUGGACGCGUUCACCAUGGAACCCAAGACAGUGAGUGACCUCACCCAGCGCACCCUGCUGGAUAUCAUCUGCACUGAGGACUACUCCCGAGGCUACGUGUGGAAGAACGACAAGACGGUGCGCUUUGAAAUCAAGGACCGCUUUGCCCUGUUCGCCGGCCCUCGGCUACACAACAUGGCGUCUCUGUACGGCCAACUGGAUACCACCAAGAACCUGCGUGACUUCUUCACCAUCACCGAUCUGAGGAUUAAGCUGCUGAAGCCAGCCAGUGGAGCCACCAUGAUAGAUGAGAACAACCUGUCCCGAUACUUCUACGCCAUCUCUGACAUCAAGGUGCAGGGCAGAUGCAAGUGCAACCUGCACGCCAACAGCUGUGUGUUCGACAAGGGGAAGCUGGGCUGCGAGUGCGAGCACAACACCACGGGGCCGGACUGCAGCCGCUGCAAGAGGCACUACCACGGAAGAGCCUGGAGCGUGGGCUCCUACCUGCCAAUCCCCAAAGGAACCGCCAAUAUAUGUAUUCCCAGCAAUCAUGGACCAGUGCAUCGAGCAAAUGCCUCCUCUCUUGGUGUUGCAAAUCGUAACCAAGCUCGAGUGUGCGACAACGCCAUGCUGCGCUGUCAGAACGGCGGCACGUGCCACCACCAUCAGCGGUGCCACUGUUCCCCCGGCUUCACGGGCGUCCUGUGCGAGAGAGCUCGCUGCCAGGGCCCCGGGGAGUGCGACGACCAAUUGUCCGGACGGGCCGCGCUCCAUCAUCCGCCGAUCGGCUGCCGCGCCGCCCUCAGCGCCAUCGUUCUCCCGCUAGUGAUUGUUUCCCUGUGGUGA